AUGACCUUGGGCAGCCCAGUAAAAACGCAGUAUGGCCUCGUAGUGGUCAGCGGGGUCCCAGAGGAACAAGUAGGAGCUGGGAGGAGUGCCCAGCAGGCUGGUGCUGGCUCUCUGGCUGGAGAUUCAGACUUCAGGGCCGGCUCUCAGGCUGUGGCUUCAGGCCUGAAGCUGGUGCCGGCUUCUCGUGCUGUGGCUCCAAGUGAGCUGGUGCUGGAAGUUGGUGGUGUCACUCGGCAGCUUGGCCUAGCGCCGGCGUUUGUGGCGUGGCGCACGGUGGCAGCGUGGCAGCUUCCUGUCUGUGGCUGGGAUGCUGCCAGCGUGCUGCCUGUGCGCGGUGCUCUGGCCUCUGGUGGUGGAGCAGGCGGGCGUUGGGCUGGUGGGCGGCGCGGUGCUGUCCCCGUGGUGCUGGUCUGCCAGCCGGCAGGAGAUGCAUCCGGCUGGCAGUGCGAGGUGCCUGAGCAGCACGUGGGGCUGUUUGUGCGGCGCCUCUUCCACGAGCCGCCCAGUGCGCAGCAGAGGAGGCACGGGGCGCUUGGCUGGCUCGGUGCUGUCCCCGUGGUGCUGGUCUGCCAGCCGGCAGGAGAUGCAGCCGCGUGGCAGUGCCAGUCGGGGGAGAACCACCCGGGGCUGCCUCUGCUGCACCUCUCCCAUCGGGUGUGCAGUGCUGGGCGAUGGAGGUGUGGGGGAAGGCAGUGGGCUGGGCAGUGCCAGGCGGGUGAGAAUCACCCGGGGCUGCCUUCGCAGCACCUCUUCCAUCAGGUGUGCAUGGUUUGGCGAUGGCGGUGUGGGAGCAGCCAGGGCGCUUGGCACGGGCAGCUGAGGGGAUGCUGCCUGGUGCCCAAGUGGGUUGUUGAGGAGCCCAGGUUCAGCAUCUGUGUCGCUGCUGAGCUCCCGGCUGGCCCUGGGGGAGUGAGGCAGCUCUGUGAUGGAAGAGGAGUUGAGGCUGCUGGAGGCACGUGCGCUCGGUGGUUCUGUGGCAGUGGUGCGCUGCGUCAGCUCUUCCCUUUUGCAGCUGUCCAGAGCACUCACAGCUUCUGGAAUAGCAGAACAUCCCCCGGAACGAUGAUGGCAGCCUUCCCACCCCCGCUUGGUGCAGACACCCACCGGUCAUCUGUGCAGACCACAAACUCACCAUCAAGCCAGAUCGUCCAUGUCUGCGGUGUCGUGCAGGAUGCCUGGGUUGGCUGUCACUUCUGAAGAAGCAAGAAAAUCCCCCGUGGGGCACUGCCGGCUUUCCCGCGCCCACUGGGUGCGAGCACCCCCCCGCCAGCUCUGCUGCCCCCAGACUCACCCUGGUUGAUCCACGUCAGGAGCUCAGCGAUGUCCUCGGCGAUUUCCUCCGGGGUGUCUGCGCUCGUUGUGGCUGCUGGAAAAGCAAGAGCAUCCCCAGUGGGGCGGUGCCAGCUUUCCCACAGCCCCGUGGAGUAGACAGCCUGCCGCCUGCCCUGCAGCCCCUGAACUCACGGCCUGAUUGCAGCGAGGCAGUGCUGCAGGUGAGCGGAGCCGUGGCAGGGUGGGGGCACACGUCGGUGGGCGCUGGGUGCCCCUGUUCCUCCGAGAGCAGCACGGCAUCUUGGAAGGUCUC